CCCAAAUUACAUCUCCAAUUCCAAUUCCAAUUCCCAUUUCCCUUUUCAAAACCCUAACCUAAAAACCAAGAAAUCAAAUCCAAUUCCAAUCAAUUUUCUACCAACGGUGAUGGAGCAAGGAAGAGCCAGCAAUUCGGAGACGAAUUCGAGCCCGGAAAGGGACGACAAAAGAUCAUCGGACGAGGAGGAAGAAGAAGAAGACAACGACGACAGCGCCGGCGUCGGAAGAUCGUACGAGUGUGCUUUCUGCAAACGUGGCUUCACCAACGCGCAGGCUUUGGGAGGGCACAUGAACAUCCACAGAAAGGACAAAGCUAAGGCCAAAGCCAAGCAGAAACGUAAUGAUCAUCAUCAUCAUCAACUGGAUAAUUAUUACAAUACCUCGACCAAAUCGAGCAGCACCUGUCAGAAUCUGAGGUUUUUGUCCCAAAUUAAAGAUCACGUCGUGGAGCAGAAAACAAGUCGUCUACAACCGACGGCGCCGGCGCCGGCGGCGAGUCCGAACCUGAGCCUGAGGAUCGGGCAAUCUCAGCCGCAGGAUCUUGGUGAUGGGGAAAGAAAAGUGGAGAAAGUCGAAGUGGAUUUGGAGCUUCGACUUGGACAUGAUCCUUGAAGAAAUGGUGUACAGAAAGUGAGUUAUAUAUAUAUAUAUAUUGUUAUAUGUUAAUGAUUAUUUCUUGGAAAUAUUUAAAAUUAUGUAAUUUCAUAUUUUACAUAUUGUAAAAAGCAAAGGGGAAAACAGUA